AUGGUUGGAGUGCGACAGGACACCGUGGAGAAAAGAUAUGAUAAAGAUUAUCUGUGCAAAUUUGAUCCAAAAUCUAUAUUUGGAAAAUAUUCAUAUGCACAGAAGGUUGCACAACUUAAAGAACUAGCUUUGGACCCUUGUAAUUCAAAAUUUUCAAAUGCCAAAAUUCAGCCAUUGUGGAACCAAACUCUGUGGAUGCGAAAGGCUAUGUCUACGGUUAGUAUUGAUACUACUCAGAGAAAGCGAAAGUUGCAGCAGCUAUUGAAAGAAAUACCUGGAUCCAGUUCACGGAUCUCACAUGCUUCUUUUGCUUCAUGCUUGUUAAACUCAAUAGGAUCAGCUACAAAUUUUGGUAAAACACUUGAUUUCGACUUAAGUAGUUCGAACAAUGCAGUGACUUUUGAAGAAAAUAUUCCAGAUAAACUUGUAUAUUCACGACAUCUGUCUAGGAAUCACAAGGAUGUUAUUUACUUGGUUGAUGGUGAGGAGUCUCUGUACCGUUCAAACAAUGAGAGGCUAGGAAAAACGACUUCAAAGCAGGAUGUGCCUUCAAUUAAUGUACUUGGCAUUAGUCAUCCAUAUGACUCUCAGGUUGAUGACUCUUCUAAAAAGAAACAUCUUCAGCUUCGUCGUCAGUCCAAUAGGUUAUCACGUUUUCUUGGUGAUGAUCCUCAGAGAAAAGUCAUCCCAAUUGGUGAUCGCUUCCAGGCAGAUAUUCCCGAGUGUACAGGCCCAAAAAAUGGUUGUGAUGAUCAAAGUUCAAAGUGGUUGGGUACCCAAAUUUGGCCAAUGGAAGGGCGGAAGGGAAAUUCCGCAAGAACUAUUGGCCAAGGAAAAACAGAAUCAUGCUCGUGUUUUUCCCGUGGAUCCGUUGACUGUGUUCAAGUCACAUUGUUGAGGAAAGACUACAGUUAUUAUGUGACCUUGGUGCUGCUUUUUUUCGUAUGA